GGAUGUACGGUGGUUGCCACAAACGGGCGCCUUCAAGCAGCUGUUGUAUCAUGCAUUGCGCACGGGAGCGGGGGCCCGAUCACGCAUGUCCACGGCGAGGUACCGUCACGAGGUGGGACUCGUGCUACUCUAUACUUUAAUUUUGCCUCUCCCCGGAUGCACGGCUCGCUACGUUGGUCCAUUAGCGAGGAAGGGUGUGAGGCCGACUAUUGGGGGGUUGCGGAGGAGGGGUUGAAUUGCUAUUGGGAGGGGGGGGAGGGGGGUAGCCUACUGCCGUCUCACAAUGCCACGCCUUAGAAGGAGACAGCGAGAAGAGCUCGCUGUCGCAGUGAUGGCCAUCGCCGGUAGGAUGGGCGAGGAUGCAUUUCAAAGCUUGGAUGUGCUGCUGGGUUCCCGGACAAUGAGACCGCUGGUUGAUCGCACCCUGUUCGGUGGAGGAGAAGAUGAUGACGAGCACGGGAGUGGACGGCGCAGUCUACUUUGGCUGUGGCCAACUAUUGUUGAAAUCUGCAAUCUUUUUCCACUGCGUUCGCCUAGGUGGUGGGUCAUGCGGCGAUCAGGUGGAUUAUGGAGCGAUCUUCAGAUCGCCGAUUAUGCCGAGAACGAUCAUUACAUAGGGCUGCUGCACAUGCGUCGGUCAACAUUGAAUAAACUGUUACAAAAGGUCGGUCCACUUCUCGAGAAGGAGGCGACAAGAUUCAGGUUGCCGUUGCCUCCAGCAAAGAAACUCGCGUACGCUAUCCAUAGAUGGGGCCACGGUGACUCUCACUGGCACAGUUGCUCAGCAUAUGGGAUGGGCAAAACGAGCGCGUUGCGAGCCAUCAGAGAAGUGGCGGAGGCCUUUCAUGCAUCGUAUCCGAAUGUUGUUAGCUUUGGGGGCUUCGAAGACCGUCAUCGCCGAAUGUGGAAGUUUGAGGGAUUGGGUUUUCCAAAUUGCUGGGGGUGUAUCGACUGCACCCAUGUGUAUAUGGAUAAACCUCGAUUGAAGGAUGGCGACGACUAUUGCUCCGGACGGCACAACCGGUUCUCGAUUGUUGCACAACUGGUGGUCGAUUCGGAGCUCAAGAUCCUUGAUCUCUGCUACGGCUUUCCGGGGACUGUUGGGGAUGCACGUGUUUUGAAAAACAUGUUAUUGUACAGGCGAGCCCUGAAGGGGUCACUGUUCGUAGACGAUCCAGAAGAUCCAUUUGUGGCCGAACGGCCUUCCAUCCCCGGUGUGCCUGGCGGGUACUUGCUCGGCAAUGGCGGGUAUCCUAGUCUUCCUUGGCUUGUCAUGCCAUACGACCGUCAACCACGACUCACGCGGGCGAUGCAACAGUUCGACGCUCUUCAUAAAAUAGUCACGUCUUGCAUGGAGCGAUUCUUCGGGGUGUUCAAGAUGCGCUUCCAAUUCUUCUAUCGGCCACAUCUUACCGACAUUACAAGGGAGAGGUUGGAGUUUCGCGCCUGUUGUAUCCUCCAUAACCUGCGUCAGGAUUGGGGUGAUAUGCCCAAAGCGGACGGCGAAGUGAGUGAUGCUUCAUUUGGUGGGACCUGUCCACAUCCGGAUGUUGACAGGCGUGUGGACGGUUUUCCACUCGAGUCCAUGUUCGGUCGGGAACGCGGGCAGGCCGUGAGAGACGCACUGUGCACCGAGGUCCUCCGUUUGUGGGAAGUCCGGCGGGAAGCUUGACAGGAAAUAGUGGCUCUGUGUUCUCCUCCAGGUCUGUUUAUCGCUAUAUUAGGUUGUUAGUGAAAACACUGUUGGCGGUGCAUUACUGUACUUAGCUGGGAGGUUGCAUAGGUGGAGCGUUGGUCAGUGCCUAGCGUUUAAGUUGUGCAGCAUUGGUCGGUGCCUAGCGUUGUGUCACAUUUCCGCUCAUGUUCAGUGGCAGCUAUGACGGCCGGCGAUCAAUGCAGGGACUUCG